AUGCUGUUCCUUGUAUUUGGUAGCCCAAGCAUUGCCUCCCUAGACAAUAAACUAUACCAAAGAAUCGAACUUACAUUACUCAAAUACAGCGAGUUAGGAAAAGUGCUAGAUGGUCAAAGUUCUCAAUGGCCAUUUUCAAGCAUUGUAACUUGUAAAGACAAGAACUUGGAUGUGUUUUAUCAUACAUACUUUCAACCCUUGAUACAGUACUUGGUACAAUUAGCUAGAGAAGUUGAACAAGAUAAUAUGGUUAAACGAAUGGAUAAUACAAACCAAUUACAUCGCUUUAAUAGUGAUAGUAUAAGUUCUAUUAUGGGUGAGUUUUUCAUGAUCAGCUGUAAUUCCAUGCUCAGUAUGACAGUAUGGGUAUAUACUAUACUUUGUUAUUAUCCGGACGUACAAAGAAAUAUUUCACGAGAAUUGAAUCGAUUCAUCAUGCUCAAUGGACGCCAACCUACUUUUUCAGAUCGUUCAAGGCUUCCAUGUUAUGUUUCUUUCCAAGAUCAAUGCUUUAGAUAUCAUGCAAUUUCCAUAACUAAUACGAUACAAAAGUCUUCAAAAGAUACUAUUCACAAGAAUCACGCUUUUGGCGAAUGCAACAAUCCCUCACAAAGAACACAUGGGUUAGGAUGGCACUUUAGCUCUACUGCUAGUGCUUUGUUUAAAUCAAAUACACGCUUCAAUAGCAGUCCACAUAAUGGAAAAAACUCUGCUCUUGGCUGGUAUACACACUUUAAUCCGGUGAUUGAGUUGAUGGAAAAGCAUAUGUUCAACAUAAUCAUCAAAACGUUGGUCCGUUGUACUAUUAAACCGGCGCUCUCCCAUAGAGGGAACAAGCUCUAUCCCAGCCUGGCUAGCUAUAGCGAAAUGGGAGGUAUCAAGAUACCUUUAGACUUUAAAAUUAGGCUUGUUGAACAUCAGCACACCUCAGAGUUGUAA